UCUGUGUGUGUGUUAAACUUAUGUUCAUCAUUCACUGCCUCUGAUUCUAUUCACGUUCAUUACUCAACACAUGCUUUGUGUCCUGUACGACUUCCUCGUGUCUCACACUCCUCUGAGCUGUAUUUAUUUGUUAUUACUCUAGAAUCUGACUAGCAUCUCAACCAAACGUUAAUCAGCCAUUUGUUCAGUAGAAAGUGAAAUCUCUUCGCGCGAACUUUCUAAAUAUAUCGUAAAUCGUUUGUGAUGCUUGGGUUAGCAUUCCCAGAUAAGCUUUGUGCUGCGAUGUUUUUGGGGAAACUCCACCCUGACGAUGAGUCAAUGUGAACAUCGGUUCUACCUCUCCCUUUCCCUCGCUCAUUCUCAGAGACUAAUAGAAUGAAGCAAACAGCGACAGACAGCUUUCUCUUAUUUAAAGAAUCAGCUGGGAUUUUUCGCACCUUCUAGGAAACGCCAUGUAAAAUAACCACUCUAUACAAACGUGUUGAGCAGAAAAGCAUCUCACAUGUCCAGCUGUCGGUCACUAUGGAGAGAUCACCACUGACUGAGAUCGGUUCGUCACUCCGUUCGCUCGUCUGAAAGAAUGCAUCCUUCCACAGUGAUAAUUCCUCCAGCACAUUUGCAAGAAUCAAGCAGCAGGGAAGUUGGACUAACCAGAGCAUCAAGCAGCAGCGAGGACAAGGUGUGCACUCCUCAGAGAUCGAGGACAACAGUUUCCCAUCCUUCCUCUGUAGGCUUUCUAGUGCAAUAAGACUUGACUACACAAAUGUGUACCCUUCCACAAAGGCAGCACCUAAAUCUUACUGUAGCUUAGUAUCAGAUAUCAGUAUGACUGAGUUCAAAGACACAACCAACCGCCAUCUCAGGCACAAACUUCAAAGUCUGGGGCGGCGUCUAGAUGAGCUCGAAGAGGCCACAAGUAAGCUCCAAAAGGCUGAGGAUGAGCUCCUGGACCUCCAAGACAAAAUCAUCCAAGCUGAGGGAAGUAACUCCUCCUUGCUUGGUGACAUUGAAGCACUUCGAAAGCGAGUUCUUAAAAUUGAGGGGAAGGAUGAGGAGGUGAGAAAAGCAGAAGACCUUUGCCGAUUGAUAAAGGAGAAGCUAGAAGAAGAAGAGAACCUUACUAAGGAGCUCAAAGCGGAGAUUGAGCGUCUUCAGCUCAAAAUGACCGAUCUGGAGAAGCUAGAGGAAGCAUUUGGGAAGAGCAAAUCAGACUGCACGCAACUUUGCCUGAGCCUCAAUGAAGAAAAAAAUCUUACUAAGAAGCUCUCCGCUGAGCUAGAGUUCCUGAAGACCAGAAUAAAGGAAAUGGAUUCUUCUGAGGCAUCUCUGACCCGGGCGGAGCAGGCCCUGACCACUGAGAUGGAGAAACUAAAAAGCCUCACUCAGACAUUUGUUAUGGAGCGCAAAAAGCUCCUGGAAAAACAGAGAGAAGAUGAGAAGAUCAUUCUCAAAUUAACUGAAAAGCUUGAACAACAGAAAAGCAAGGUCGGUUCGUUAGAUCAUAGCCUCAAUGAGUCCCAUGAACUUAUUAUUGAGGACGACCUCUCGGCAGGCCUUAGUAGCAAACUGGCACGAAAGAAGAAGCUCUCACAGGAUGUUGGCUUGAGAAACAAAUCGGAGAAUGAAAAAAACAGCCUAGAAGGGCCAGAGGACAACAAGAUAAAAGACCUUACACAAGAAGUAGAGAAUCUUAAGAGCCGCCUGAAGCAGCUGGAGAUGGUGGAAGAGAACCUGAAAAACACAGAAUCAAAGAAUACUGAGCUUGAGGAAAAGUUUCAGCAAGAGAGGAGUCGCAACCAAGUGCUGAGUGACCAACUUGAGCAGCUGAAGGUUCAGUUUUUCAGUAGUAAUGGAAGCCUGGUUGUUUCCGGUACGCCAAACGUUCUUGAGAAUGGCAAAGCUGAAACUGAGGAGAUCAACAUACGGGGUGGCUUUAGGCACGACAAGAAGGCUAAGGUUUCGGCUGCCACUGAGGCAGUUAACCUUAAGUAUAAAAAAAGAGACAAUUCACCACAGCAACCCAAAUUUAAGAGUAAAGAUCUCAGCCAGGCAGCAGAGAAAUCCCCUACACGGAGGGCCCUAAGUCCUGCCCAUAGACCUAAGAAAACUGGGUUGAAAACUGGAUCUUCAAAUACUGCUGACAGUGGGCUAAAGGAUGAAAACACUGUUGAGGAGAAACUUGGAAGUGCCAUUCAGGCCAUAAGUGAGAAAGUUUCUGUACUUAGCCGUUAUCCUCCUGCUGCCCGUGACCAAAAGCCUGGAAAGGUAUCCGUUAAGCCAAGUAACACUGAAAACAAGAAAGCAAGUCAAGUUGUGUCUCCACCAGAAAAGGACAGACUAACCAAAACAGAGUCUUCAGGUCCUCCACAGGAGGUAACGACAGUGGUAAGUCUUUCCCAGGCAAAUGGAUCUUACACUGCCUACAGAUCCCAUGUAACGUCAUCUGGUGUAACUGAUCAUGGAUCAGAAGGUCACUCGUCAGCCUCUGAGACGGAAUCUGUUGGAUCGAAGCGCUCAGUGGGCGAGCAAGACACUACACCUGUUAUAUCCGUUGUAAGUGGCAGAACAACCGAUUCCAAGCAUUCAAGGUACUCGCGAUUGCCAGAUUCUCACUCAGGUGGAUCUUCAACAAGGAGCUCUUAUGAUGAGGAGCAGCACAGGGCCCUAAUGAUGGAAGGUGGCUCUCAGGAACCUUUUCAGACGUCCACUGGAAUUGAAAUCCAACGUGUGUGCAGCCCGCGUGAGGCUUUAUGCUCUAAGGUACUAAUCAAGCCAGCCAUCAUAGAGUAUGACCGGAAGGAAAUGAUGUCAGGAGGGAGCAUAGAACCAACACAUACCAAUGAGAAACCAAAAAUAGCCACCAAGCCUAAUAAGAUGACCAGCAGCAUUACUUUCUACCCCAAUGACCCCAGCUCUUCUCGAACCAGCAGUCGAAGCAGCAGUGUUUCAAGUGAACCUCCAUCCAAGGAACGACACACUUCUACCAGCAAUAUUGUCAUUGGGCCAAACCCUGAGCUCAGAGGCAGCAUCACCAUACCAUAUGAAAUAUCCAUCCCCAAGAGCGACAUCACUCCAUGGUCUGCUGAUGGUGACACUGACAACUCGGAUGUCCUGGAGACAGCUCGUAUACAAGCAACCAUUCUGCCCCGGAGCAGUUUUCAGUCCCCGGAAAUAGGCUCUGAGCUGAAUAACAGUGAGUCUAGCUUUGAUGGCAGUGAAAAUAUUACUACUACUACUACGGUCAUGCGCCGGAGAAGCCAAAACAAUGACCACUGCUCAUCCCAGGAAGAUAAUGUGCCAGAGAUGAGGAAUGUGACCGUUAGAAGUGCAUGGAGGAAUCGAGGGGCAGUAACUGUGGACCAAGUUGGUCAAGGACCAAGACAUGAUGGUUUGGAGGAUGAAACAGAACACAUCACAACAUGGAGAGCAUACAGAGCUACCACUGUCCUGGACACUGAGGAGAAUUUGACAUCUCCCAGUGUCACAUCACGAGUUGGAAAGCCAAGCCCAGCGGAGAGGUACAUGCGGAGGAUCAGUAGUGGAAAUAAUGCUAGAGAUUCUCUAGAGUCCUCGCGCAGAAACAAGACCGUGUCCCCCAUAGAUAGCAGUUUUCAAAGGAUCAUCCCUCAUGAGCCUGUCUGUGCCCAGCAACUGCAACCAAGAAUGCGAAAAGAACUUCUUGCUGCUGAUGAGAGCGAGCCAUCAGUGACCACGUGGAGGAGGCAGUCAGCGGGCGACGUGAACUCGUCUGACCGGCACAGAGGUCGAGGGCAGUGGACAGGCAAGGCUAGAGCCGGUGACGGGAGUCGCCCCUGGAGCAGCCAUCAGCUUGACAACUGACACUGUGCUCCAUCGCUUUUCCACAAAGGUCCCAUGUGAGACGUCGAGCUGCACUUGAACUCCCCUAGCUCCUCCCACACCUCCCCUGGCCUCACCUGACCCUGGCCUCUCCCACAGCUGCCCUGGUGUGUGCCCGGGACUGGACACUUGCUUGAAGAGAGGGGAUGGGGGGGGGAUUGGAGAAACAGGGGGGGCAGUGCUGCUGAGAUUUGACACAGUUAAGGGUGGAUCCUUGUAUCAUCUCUACUCUGGAAGUGAUGUUGGACACCUGAGCUUUGGGGCUAUGUGUUACAGCCAGGAGCAUCCUGUAUCUCAUAACAUCUGUGCUUGUAAUGGUUUUUUUUUUUUUUUCUUUCCUUCACAUGAUCAGGAAUUUUGUCGGCAUCUUGCCCAAGCCCAGGAUCGUCAUGCAAGCGCACAGCUUUGCACAUGUUCAGAUAUCCAGCAGGAAAGCGCCCCUGUUCAUGCUCACAAAUGAUCUCUUUUCUAUCCAUGCUUUUGUCUGUAUCAGCCUUCAAAGUGCCAAAGUGUCCCUUUUUUUUCCCCCCAAAUAAUAUUUCUACCUUUUUGCUCACUUCUGUUUGUCAUCAUGCUGUCACUGGUUGUGUUAAUUGCACAUCAGAAAAUGGCAACCAGCACUAAACGCAUGAUUUUUGUAGACAAGCUGCUUCUCGAACAGCGCAGGAUAAUGGAACGGGAUCGUGGUCCAAUCAUCAGUAUGUAGAUAAAUAUAUGUAAGAAACUGGAUACUUGGGUGGUUUGGACGCUCAGAGUGGACCUUGUACACGUGUACACACACACACACACACACACACACACAAUUGCACGCUUUGCACAGACAGAAACAAGGCAUAAAGAGAAAGUGGAAUGGAAAUGGAUUUUAUUCCCAGGACACAGAGGCUGGAACCAACUGAACCCACUUUGCUCCCACGGUGCAUUGCUGCAGGAACGGGACAGCAACUCAGCACUGCGAACGAAAAAAGUCCAAAAUAAAAAGCAGCAUCGCAAUCCAUCCUGCUGACACGGGGUGCUGUGAUGUCACAAGCCCUGAGCUCUGAUUGGAUAAGAAGGGUUAAGCAGCUACUGUGAUUGGACAGAGCACGUACUCUGAAAACGAGCACUGAUCAGGUUCCAUGUUUUCGUCUUCAGCUUCUUUCUUC